AUGAGAUUGUACACACUUGUGGCAUUCAUAAUUACCUACUCCAUAUCGCAAAGAGUGAGGAAUUUAGUGGUACAUGCUAAAAAUGAAUUGGGUUCAUCCGGAGGUGGAACUCAGUCUUGUUCUAGUUCAGGUUAUCAUACCACAUCCGACUCUGAAAAUACUAAGUUAAAGUCAAUCGAACUAGAUGUUAAAAACACUGAAUCAAAAGAUAAUUAUAAGUGCCUUAAGAAAGACGGGUCUGCCAAAUACACACCUAAAUCUGGGUACGGAUUUUCAUCAGUUAAGAAGUCUGGUAGCUGCUGUUCCAACACAGUAGAUGAAGUGUGGAAUACAAAAGAGCCUACAGAUUAUGCCACUGCAGUUGUUAGAGAUGGAACAGGUUCAUGCUCAAACAUGAGUAAAGUUACAAUAUUUACCGGUACCAACCACAGACACUUUACCAAGGCAGACAGCAAAUAUGUUCUAGACUCCGAUAUCCGAGUAUAUGGGAACGAUGCUUCCAAUACAUUAACUGAACUUACUUCCACACAAUACACACAGAAUCAUGACAACGACUUAUUUAGAUUUAAGUUCAACGAUAACACAAAGUGUACUGAAGUCAAGUUUAUCCAUAGGAGUAUAGAAAAAGCAGAUUCAGUCAAAAUCCUUCUUAAUAAGGCAUCUGUAUGGAAACAUGACAAAAGUAAACAUGGCGAUCAAUAUCCUAAAGAUCUCAAAUACUACUGGCCCGAUAAGAUGUCUAUUAACUUCGAACACGCGUUUAUAGUUCAUUCAAAAAAUGAAGAGGCCAAAUGGGAUGAAGGACAUCUAUUUGACUUUAAAUUGUAUGUUAAAGAUACUAAUAACUUGAAGGAACUAGAUGCCACAGCUUAUGAAUUAACUCAAGACAACCAAGAAUUCCUUUUUACCUUUAAAGAUGAAGUUAAGCUUGAGGAGGUCAAACAUAAGGGCAAGGAGCUGUGGAAACACGAUAGUGAUAAACAUGGAGACAAAUAUCCUAAACUACUCAAAUACGCCACUGAUAAACUGGCACUGAGUUUCGACGAUACAUUUGUGGUUUAUACCAAAAAUGUUGAUGGGAAAUUGGGUAAUGAGAGUUGUUUCGACUUUAAACUGUUUUCCAUGGAAUCUAAUAAUUUGAAGGAAAUGGGUGUUACAGCCUACGAUUUAAUAAAUCAAGACAAUGAGCACGUGUUUAAAUUCAAGGAUGAACAUAAAUGUGCAAUGGUAAAACAUAAGGUCGAUGAAUUGUGGAAACACGAUAACAGUAAGAUUGACGGCAAAUAUCCUAAACUACUCAAAUAUGUUCCUGAUAAACUGGCACUAUUUUUUGAUGAUUUAUUUGUGGUCUAUACCAAGGGUGAUGAUGGCAAAUUGAAAAACGAACAUCUAUUUGACUUUAAAUUGUAUAGCAAGAGUUCUGACAAUAAUAUUGAAGAAAUUGCCCUUACAACCUUUGAUAUAACCGAUCAGGACAAUGCGAUCCUUUUUAAUUUUAAAGAUGUAAAGAUUGUCAAGGUUACACAUAAGGGCAAGGAAUUGUGGAAACAUGACUCCAAUAAUCAUGGAGAUAAAUACCCACUCAAAUUGUCAUACAAUAAGGAUGGUUCCAAGAUAUUGAUUAAUUUUGAAGGAUUUUUUGCAUCCUGUAUCAAGGAUGGUGACGGAUAUAAGGUAAUCGAAUUCUUUGAAUUAGAUAUAUUAUCAACUUCUUCCACCUCCUAUUUCCAAUGCGAUUCCCAGAAUUUUGAAAUCACAUUUACCAUAAAAACAGGCAUGAUAUGUGGGUUGGUUAAAAUAGGUAAUAAAAAGAUUUAUGAGCCAGAUUACCCAGAAGAUGUUGUGUCGAAGAUCGUGUUAUACAAGAAUUUACAACAAGAAAAUAGAUACUUUGAUGUGUAUUUGCUAAACGAAAACCUUAAGCGUUUUGAAAAGAAGGAAAAUUCUGAUGAGUGGCAUAGGAAGUUUAAUCCAUUAAAUUUGGAUAUUAAAAGAAACGAAAAUUCGUUAUACUUCGAAUACACCACAGAGGACAAUGGUUUUACAUAUACCGCUAAACAUAACGUAGGAUUUAUUAAAGUGAUCACUGGAAAGAAGAAAGUCUGGGAAUCUAAGGGCGCCAAUGAAUAUGGCUUAAAGGUUAAAGUGAGUGGGUCUGAAGAUACCCCCGAGGUAAAGAUCCUUAUGUAUAACGGUGAGGAGAAGGUUUUCAAUGUUACUGAUGACCAAUCUACCACCUAG